CCUCAUUUAUAAAUCAACCACCCCUUGUGGCUUUGGGUCCCUGUUUUAUUUAUUACGAUCAUAUUCCUUUCCUUAUAAAUAUUUGUACACCCUUAUUAUCCAUCUAUUAAAACUUAUAUCUCAAAAUACAUUGGCUUUUUAUUGUUACAUCUUGGGUUUUGAUUUAGACAUGGCUAUGAAGAUGCAAGCUCAAAUGCUCUUGUUUGCAUUGGCUCUAUCCAUGGUUGAGUUCUCGAUAUGCCAUCUUUUGAAAGACUCAGUGAGGUGUCUCGACUGUCUUGAUGAUUCUAACCUUGCAGGCAUAAAGAUACUAGUGAAGUGCAACCAAAUGGAUAACGUGGUCAUGGUUACAACCAAUGAUCAUGGUGCCUUUGAGACCCAACUACCUUCAAACAACUGUCAAGCCAAGAUCUUGGGUGGACCUAAACAACUCUACGUGUCAAGAAAGACCAUGGUCACUAACAUCAUGAAGGUCGAUGAAACCGACUCCUACACUACAUCUCAACCAUUGAGCUUCUACACAUCAUGUCCUUUGUCACAAAACCAUGAAGGGAAAUGUGGGACCCAGAAUGAUGCAUCCAAGACCGUUGAUUUGCCUUUGCCACGAGAAUGGGGGUUGGCGCCGUCGAGCUAUUAUAUUCCCUUCAUGCCUAUCAUUGGCAUUCCGUGAUUGUUUCUUGACUUUAUGUUCUUGGGGUUUAAUAGUAACUUGUUAUCUAAGGUUAUGUCGUGUGUGAAGUGACUUAUAUAUGUUAAGUUGCUUAUAUAUAUGUUUAAGAUGUAUAAUAUGUUUAGUAUCUUUGUUUUUUGGAUUUUAUAAUGGUAUCCAAAGGCUAUGUCUCCACGUCUCUUGUUUGUUAUAUAUUUAAUGUUGUGACUUGUGAGGUUAAUUACCGUAAUUAAACUAACAACUUUUCUGUGGUCG